ACAUUCGACGAAUUUCUUGCAAGAGAUGUCUCUACGAGUACUCAAAUACUGUAAGUUUGAAAUUUCCAGGGCUUCAUCAUAUAACAGAUCUGGAUAAGCUAUUCUCAACGCUCUGAACAGAUUCGAGAAUGUCAGAUAAUGAUUUAGGUAUUGACGACCACACAGGGGAUGCAUAUUCAAUUCUGGAUCUAAUGAAUGAGAUAUAUAUUUGUACAAUGUGUGAUGUUUGAAGACCAGCUUUUUUUAACAGACGCAAUGCGUAUAAGCGAGAAUUUGCCUUUUUCAAUACCAUGUCAACAUGAGUAUUCCAUGACAAGUCGUUUGAUAUCCAUACACCUAGGAGCUUGAAAGAGGACACAGUUUCCACCGGUUUACCUGCAACAUAGAUCAAGUUUUCAUCAUCAGAUCCUUUAUAUUUAAGAAAGUUGAUCAACAUCUGUUUGCAUUUCUUAUAAUUUAGUUCCAUUCCGCGUUCUGAAGCGUAGUCCGAGAUUUCAUUUACGACAAAUGGCAUUAAACUGGGUGAAAAACGUGGUAUAAUCUCUAAGGCCGAGGUGUCAUCCACAACCUUGAUCCUACUAGGCCAGUUUUUGAGUAAGGAAUUAAUGAGAACUGCAAACAAUAAUGGACCCAACUUUGUACCUUGUGGCAAGCCACCAUUUGUUUUCUUCCAAGAGGACAUAGAAGUUCCCACCCGGACACAUUGUUCGCGAUCGCAGAGGAAGGCUUCAAUCCACCGAAUUAUAGAGGGAUGGGUACCAAGCAGGGUUAACUCUUUAAUAAUAACAUUGUGAUCUACUAGAUCAAAACCUUUCUUAAAAUCUGCAAAGAACAAUCUAGCAAUACAGGAACCUCUCUCAAGAGCAACCAAGAUUGAAUGUAAAAGGUACACCAAAGCGUCGGUUGUUGAUUUCUUCUGGAGUGCAAAUUGUUUAGUGUCAAGUUUAUUUACAACUUCAGGAAAAAAUUUGUCCAAAGUACAAUCCUCCAUAACUUUGGCGAUCUGAGAUGUUAAAGAUAUUGGUCGUAGGUCGUCUUCAAUACUCUUUGGGGGUGAUACCUUAGGGACAGGCACUACAAUAGAUCUCUUCAAUGCCUUUGGGAAGGUGCUUGUGUCAUGGAUGAGUUGAAAAUGUCCGAGAUAACUGGGGCAAGCUCAAAGGCAAAUGUUUUCAGGAUUUUAUUUGGAAACAUUUCAGGACCCGGUGAUUUUGUGGUUUUAAUUUUACGAAAUUUCCUAUAGAUCUGUUGGGCGUCGACGAGGUAAUCAUUUGGUACUUCUAGGUCCUCCUGGUUUCCGUUCUAGAGUUAGAGGGUCGAAAUGUGAUGUAAGGGCAGUAAGAAAGUUAUUAAAAUUUUCGGCCAAUUCUUCACAAUUCCGAACAUCAUCAGAAAAUAACUGAGAAUACCAAGAAUUUUUUGACGAAGGACCACCAAUGGCUUUCACUUUUUUCCACCAUCUUGCCGGGUUAGAAUUUUUCAAUUUCUCGAUUGACCUCAUAUAGUAAAUCUUACAGAUGCGUUAUCUAAGAUAACCGAGACAGAGCGGGGUAGCUUCUUUGGUCUUACUUAUAACCACAGUGACUCAAUCGAAGAGUUUUCAAAUUCCUCAAUUCGUCUACAAUAAAUAUUGCUAUUUAUGUAGGCGUAAACACCUCCGCCGUUUGAAACCAGUCUAUCGUUCCUAAAAAGAUUGAAAUUGGAUAAGGAUACCAAAUUGUCAAGAAUUGCAGGGGAUAACCAAGUCUCUGUAAUGCAGACCAUGUCCGUUUGAUUAAAAGACGCCACAGCGUCAAGUUCGUCGAUCUUGGACGUGAGGGAUCGGAGAUUACAAAUUAAAAGGUUUGGUAGUUUGGUGGAGGGUAACGUAGAUACAAAUUUUAUGCGUUCAAGUGUGUUAAUUUUUGGACUGAAUAAGAGUAUCGUGAUGGGGUCGAUUCCGGUAGAUCGCUGAUCGGGGAAAGCAUAGGAAUACGUGUGGAAAAGGACGCAAGGGAAAUACAUGGAGUGGAGCUCUGUUUAGAAGGAUUUAGUAAAAUCUGUUCCGGUGGAUCUGGGAGGAUAAUCGGGGAAAACUGGACGAUGGUAGUGGGAUUUCUAAUAACGGCCUUGGAUAAGAUAGGGGUCGCCAUGGGUGUAGGCUGUACGUUUGGAGCUGCGGAGGUUGGGCUGUGUAAACGUUUGUUGGCAAUGGUACUUGCGCUCGGGAUAAAAAAGAGGCAGGUGGCAAAUGGCUACUAGUAGUGGUUCUUAAUACCGACCUUCUGGUUGGGACCCAAGCGUGGGAGAAAUCGCAUCGAUCGUCUUUCAGACAGAAUCCUCUGUUCUGCAGGAAAGGACAGGGGACAUUAUGUUUAUGUGUAUCGCGAGAUGGUUUAAGAUGUUGAAAGUCGCAUCGGUCUCCCUUUCGACACCAACCUCUACGCAAAAGAAAUGGACAAGGAGUGGAAUUCUUUGGGGGGCGGUCGUAACGAUUCUUAUUUGUCUGCUGGGUUCGCGGUUGUGAGGUCAAAUUUCCAUAAGUAGGUACACUAACUUCUGAAUUGAACUGCAUAUUAGGCACAUUACUUUCCGGUAGUUGGUCUUCGUUGGCCUUUUUCUUAGUGCUUAUGGGAACGUACUGCGUUGUAGGUGUGAUAGACGAUAUUUCAAUAGCACCAGGGGAUUUUUCUAUGGAGGCCGAGGCCAUAUUUCCUUCUAAUUUGGAGAUACGUGAUUUGAGAUGCAAAUUUUCUUCACGCAAUUUGCAUAUGUCUUGUUUAUUUGUAUUGAUAGUUUCGUCUUGCUUAGUGAGUUUAGCCAAUAAGUUUGAUAUUUCAUAUUCAAACUUCUCUUAAAAUUGUCAAAUAAUGCUUUAAUUGUAGUGGUGUUGUCGCCCUCACGUUGUUUAAAGGGUGUAGAAUUUACAAAUACUUGAUCCACAGUACCCUUCGUUACUUCACUGUGUCGGGAGUUCAUAAUAUUACAAAAUGAAUCGUCAAUAAAAUUCUCAAGCUCCGCAAGCGACGAAUUAUCAAUAGGUGAUAUUACAUCUAUCUUGGCGACAGCAAUCUCGGCUCCACAAUCAUUAUUCUCGGUUGUUAGGUUGCUUACUUCGCUUCUAUCACCGGUGCAAGUUGUUGUUACUGAGACUUCGGCAGAUUGUAUGCCUGUAUCACUCUGAUGGGGCAACAUAAGUUCACUAUUUAGGCUUACCAGUAAUUCCUUUAAAGACUCCCCUUCUCUACCUUGGACAACUACUGUUCGUUGUUUGCCGCGAUACCAAGUUAUUGUCAGAUCUGUGCUGCUUAUAAACUUCUUAGAGUUCCCGCCAGGUGAAAUCCAUUUACCGCUCAAACCAACGGUAUUUUGAAUAAAAGUCUCCAGUUCAUCAUAGUUGAAGUUCCACUUUAAACGUUUCCCAUCAUAGACAAGAGUGUUGCUGUUUUUAUACGUUCGAAUAUCGUCUAAAUUCACAUUUCCAACAUUAAAUUUAGUAUUGGGAAUGUCUAUAGAGCUAACCUUAGCAUGACCGUCCGCCUUGAUGAAUUAUGCUGCAAUUAUUUGGAUUUUGUGAUUACGAACGGUUGGUUACAGUCCCUUUACAAAGGGAUAAACUUGACUUGCAGAAUGGUGACAGCGCCAAGACCUGUUAUCAUACAAUCGACGUGGUUGGAAGUGAAGGCAAAGUGUUUACACGAUAUUGUGUCAUCUACAAUCAAACACAAAAUUUCAGAUAAAUUAGUCAUCAAUGUCGAUCAAACUCCAUCUAAAUAUGUACCGACUGAAAACGUCGCGAUGGCUGAAAAGAAUUCCAAGCAUAUCCCAAGAAAAGGGAGCAAUGACAAACGUGCUAUAACUGCCACUUUAGCAAAAACACUAAGUGAAGCUACUGUAUCUUGCCAUUCCAACUGAUUUACCAGGGAAAGACUGAUCAGGGAAAGAUUGAUUUAGGGAAAGACUGAUUUACCUUAGAUCACUAAGAGCAGUCAAAUUUCCUGCAGGUUUCUUUUUAAGUUACAAUACUAAACACUGGAUGCGUUUGUUAAAUGACAUCAUUGCUCCCUACAUCAUCAAAGUUAAAGAAGGGUUAGGUCUACCCGAAAAUCAAAGCACAUUGCUGCAUGUAAUGGAUGCGUUCAAGGCACAAUCAUCCGAAAAAGUCAUUCGUGAACUAGAAAAUCUUGCUAUCAAACAUAUGACACAUAUUUUGCAGCCAUUAUACCUAACUACAAAUGCAUCUGUGAAGAAAAUGGAAAAGCGUGGUUUUAGUGACUACUUCCCAUCAACCAUCACUGAAGCAAUGCUGUAAAACCCACAAAGAGAUGUUAAUACGAUAGAGGUUGACCUGAAAUUGUCAACAUUGAAGCCCAAUGCAUGGAAAGCUGAUGAUAACCGUGUACGAUUUCCUUCGCCAAGAACAAGGAAAGCAGAUAAUCCUGAACGGAUGGAGAACUUCUGGCAUUACAGAGGCAAUAAAAGAAGCUCGAAGUACGGGUGUUGCACCAUCUUUAGACCCGUUUGCUUAA